CCCACCUCUACCUCCGUCUCUCCCUUUCCUUCCCCUCCUUUGAACCAAACAGGGCUUUAAAGCCGGGCAGAGGCUCUGAUCCGAGCGGUCCUGACCAAACUAAGGCAAAUAAAUUGGGGUCGAGUAUUCAUGGCUGCCCAAGACUCCAAGUGGCAGUUUCGAAUGGCGAAAAAAUGGAUCGAGUCCGAUUACGGGGAGACGUCUGUGGUUACAGAUGGACCAGCCGUGGAACUGAAUAAAAUAAAGAAGAGAUUGAAGGAGAUGGAAGAAGAGCAGGCGGCUCUCCGCGAAUUGCAGGCCAAAGUCGAGACCGAACUUAUUCACAAAAAGAAAGUCGAGAAGGAAAUGGGUGCCGUGCAAGACCCUGAUACUGAUGCUGCAGACCAGGCGGAUAAGGAAGAAGUGGACGCUCGUUCUAUAUUUGUUGGCAAUGUGGAUUAUGAAUGCACUCCUGAGGAAAUACAGCAGCAUUUUGUAUCAUGUGGUACAGUUAAUAGGGUUACUGUUAGGACCGAUAAGUUUGGGAAGCCAAAGGGAUAUGCAUUUGUUGAAUUCGUUGAGGAAGAAUCUGUUCACGAGGCUCUUCUUCUAAAUGGAUCUGAGCUUCACGGACGCCAGCUUAAGGUAAAAGGCAAACGAACUAAUAUUCCAGGCAUGAACCAGCGACGUGCAGAUCCUUGUUUGUGCUCUCAGAGCCAUGCACCAUGUGAAGCAGUUCUGGGCAUGAAGCAGCGGCGUGCAGAUCCUUGUUUGUGCUUUCAAGGCCAUGCACCAUGUGUAGCAGUUCCGGGCAUGAAGAAGCGACGUGCAAAUCCUUGUUUGUGCUUUCAGGGCCACACACCAUGUGUAGCAGCUCCAUUUUACUUUCAUCCAUAUGGUUACGGAAAGGUACCCAGGUCCAAAACUCUCAUGCGAUACAACCCCUACUUGUGAAUCUUUUGAUUUUGGGAGGAUGCCAUUGAAAGCUAUCCAGUGCUUGUUCAUUUCCAGUUUAUAUAUUGAGCGUUGGACAGUCUUGGGUUAUUAGGUGGGCACACAGUGUAAUUUGAUGGUGUUUGUUAAACACUUCGCUUGAGUUGCAUCUUCACAUGUUACAAUGUCAGUCUUCCUUUGGUAUAUUCACAUGCUACAAUGUUCUAAGCGGUGGACUGGUAGGCAGGGCAACUUAGGUCAUCACUAAUAGUAAUCAUGGUCAUUCAAUUUAACACUGAACUGUUGUGCUGGUAUACUUGUAGUGAUUUCAGUCUCAUUUCGUUCAUUAAUUUUACCGAGUAUAUCAUUAAUAUGUAAGAAAAUUCUCAAAUGAUAUUUGUAGAAAAAAAGAAUUAGAGAAGAGAUGGAGAACUACUUUGAAUAAAAUAAU